AUUUCUCUUAUCGAGUGGCAGCAUGUCUGCCCAUCGAUGACAGCCUGCGUAUCCAGCUGCUACAGAUCGGAAACGCCAUCCAACGCCUACGCUGUGAGUUAGACAUCAUGAGCAAAUGCACAUCACUCUGCUGUAAGCGCUGCCACGACACUGAGAUCACCACAAAGAAUGAGAUCUUCAGUCUGUCCCUUUGUGGCCCCAUGGCGGCCUAUGUGAAUCCUCAUGGCUACGUUCAUGAGACGCUGACGGUCUACAAAGCCCUGAACCUGACCUUGAUGGGCCGAGCAUCUACAGAAAACAGUUGGUUUCCAGGGUACGCCUGGACGAUCGCACAGUGCAAGGUGUGCGGGAGUCACGUGGGUUGGAAGUUCACGGCAGUCCGUAAGGAUCUCUCCCCACAAAGGUUUUGGGGUCUGACCCGCUCAGCUUUGCUGCCCCGAAUCCCGGUGCCAGAAGAUGAGGAAGCCGGACAGGAUCAGUCCCCCAUUCUUUGCCUGUGAAUCGGGAACAUUUCUGCAGCUCUGCUUUGUCUUCUGGCUCAGCCCCUGGAUACCCUGCAGGGGGCAAAGUGCUGACAGCCCCUGCAUGUAACACCAAAUCUGUUGGCAAGAGGAAGUCCUGUCCUCCCAGAAGUCUGGUAUGAAAUGAUGAAGCAGAGGCCCUACUGUGACUCUCCCAGCCAUCAAUCAUAAUGGACGUGAAGGAAAGCCCUGUGUGCUUCUACCAACCCCUCCGUAGCUGCUACCAGCGCCGGCUUCUUUCAUUGUUUUAGUGCCUCCACUGUACACACCACUCCUCUUCACAGCUGUGCGGUCCUACCCCCCAAUCCCUCCGAUUUUUCUGCCAUGCCUCCUCGUUAUUAUUUGCUUCAACCUUGUUAACGAGUUAGAGGUUUUCACUUUGGCUUCUGUACACUUGUAUUACGGGUUCCCCUAACCCUGUCCUCGCAGCACUUAAAGGAAACAUUGGUAGCACAGGAAUGUGUCUUGCCUGUAGCAGCUCAAAGUAUUUGAAGGAGAAAAUGCCGGCUGCGCAGCAGGAAAGUUCAAAUGCUGGCAACUUUAUUGUUCUGGAUGAACAGUCA